UGUAUUUUAUUUAUUUUCAGUAACUGAUACGUGACUGAAACUGUGCGCUCUUGCUCGUUUGAAAUUUAGAUACCGGUUUAGAAUUGAGAAGUGAAGCGUAUUAAAUGAUACUUUUAUCCAGAAUGAUAAUUGAAUUGAUUUGCUUGUUUAUGUAUUCUUUUGAUAGCAGUUAUGUCAAAGCCGACGACACUCUCCGCAACACACCGGUCAUUAACAUCAAUAACUGCUGUGCCGGACAGGGUAGGUUGGACUAUGAAACAUUGGCUACCAACUUUUCAGUUACAUUAUCUGAACAUAACGAGAAAAUGGAAAAUUUGAUGCGAAUUGUAACUGGAAAUUCGAUCAUUCGUGACUGUCAGGAUAUACUGACUUUACGAAACAGAAACACAGGCAUUUAUAUAAUAUACCCUAAAGGUACCCUUUGAUUUCCAGUGAGAUGUGACAUGGAUACAACAACUGGAGGAUGGACUGUUUUUCAGAGAAGAGUAUCGAAGAGUGACUUUUAUAAAACUUGGACCGAAUAUCAAACUGGGUUUGGAAAUCUAAGCGAAAACUUUUGGCUAGGUAAUCAGCAACUGCAUAUGAUAACAUCACAGGGAUGGUACGAGUUACGUGUUGAUCUUACAAGUAUGGGGAAUAUUGUUGCAUAUGCCGAAUACAAUGUGUUUGCCGUGGGUGAUGUUGAUUCUGGAUACAAACUGACUGUGGAUGGGUACAGUGGUAAUGCAGGUGACAGCUUACAUCAUCAUAAUGGACGAAAGUUCUCUGCGGUUGAUCGGGACAAUGAUGACUACAAAGGACAUUGUGCAGUUGAUCAUACCGGACCUUGGUGGCAUGGCUUGUGUCAUGAUUCAAAUCUAAAUGGAAUGUAUGGGGCUUUAGGUGCUAAAGGGCCUGUUUGGGAAACAUUCAAAGGCAAUAAUGGGCCUAUGAAGAAAACCCAAAUGAAAAUCAGACGUUGGAAGCCCGAUGACUAAUACAUAUUCAUUUUUGGGAUUUUUUUUCUCUUUUUGUUGUUACAGUACCGUAUUUGUUUAUCUUAAGGACAAAAUCAUUUAAAGACUUCCCUGCUAGAAUCAAUAGGAGGCGGAUGUGAACUCAACUCAUUAUGGUUACUGUUUUGUAAACAGAUUACUGUUAGCAACACUGAUUUUUUAUAAAAAGAAAUACCUUAAAAUAUGAUUUUUGCGUCGAUGCUUGUAAAUUUUGUUUUAUCUGGCAUUUAUAAAGAGAAUUUAAAAAUCAAACAGAGGUCAAAUUAGUGUAUAAAUAAGAACCACAAAUCCUUUGAUAAUUUCCUUCGAUUUUUUUUUACUCAAAAUACGAUUAAAUCUGGUUUACGGUCCAAUACCAUGUAUUUGGUACACCAAUGUCUUUUGAAUAAAUGCUUUAUUGAGUAUAAUGCAUUGUUUGGGGAUUUUUGUUUCCGCUGCCGUUUUUAAAAAAAUUUUGAUCAUAUCUUGGCGGUCGAUCCACCUAAUAACUUCUCAUCAUUAACCUUUUUGCAAGUGAGCUACUACUUAACCUAAACGAUCUCUUACCGUUGAAUUUACUGUACGAUAAACAUCAGUUUUUAUUAUGUUUAUAUAUGAUAUUUUGAACUUUAGAAUCACCUUUUCAUUGAGCUUGUCGGAACUGUAAUUUACCUUUCCUGUUCAAGAAAUCAUCAUUAAAAAUAAGUUAUUUCUUUGUAGAUUCCGUUCCGAAAUUAACAUUAUGUUUAUAACAAUAUAAGUAUUUAUUUAGAAGUUUUUUGUUGUCACUAAAACGUUCAAAUAUACACGCAUAUUAUAAUUCUCUAUGACAACGAUAAAUAUUUGCUAGACUGGCUUUGAAUUCGUAUAUGUAUUGUCAUCACUUUUAACAGAAAAUGUAGCAAACUAUUAUGUAAUAUUUGUAAAAUGGGGUUUUUGUCCCCAAACACAUAAGCGUGACGAACUAUAUUAUUCAAACCACCAUGCUGAAUCAGUAUCACUUAAUAUAUAAUAAAGUUAAUAUUGCGGCUACUUCUAAAUGAGCCUUAUACAAUUCUAAAUGACAUCAGGAAAAUAAUCUUAUGGUUUAUGUUAUUUAUCUUUCUGAUAAGUAUCAAUGUUUUAUUUCAUUACUUAUUUCGUUUUGUAAUAUGAAGUAAAUACGAGACGGCUUA